CGCCCUAGUGCUUGCCUCUGCUCGCCUGAGCCAGGGUCUACUCGCCCGUCACGCGUCUCACCUUCUCGUGUACCAGAGAUGGAAUCACAAUGUAUGUGUUUUGGUGUGGAGUCACUGGGCCUGUCAUGAUCAUAACCCAAUGUCCGAUGCAUCUCUUCCCCCCUCACUACGUGACCCACGUGACCCACGUGAGCCACUCUCCAUCGCGCGUGCCCUCACCCAUGCCCUCUUGGCCCGCUCUGCCCCCCUUGCCUUCGCCCUCCACGCCCGUACCAUCUCCCUGGGCCUCGCCUCCUCCCGCUUCCUCCUCACCCACUUCCUCAACUUCUACUCCAAAUCCAACCUCCCCUCCCUUGCCCUCUCCCUCUUCAUCUCCCUUCCCCGCCCCGAUGUUGUCCAAUGGACCUCUCUCAUCUCCUCACAUUCUCAGCUCGGCCGCCCCCAUGAAGCCCUCAAGCUCUUCGUCUCCAUGCUCCGCCUCGCGCCUCCUCUGCCAAAUGACUUCACAAUCCCCUGUGCUCUCAAGGCCUCAGCCUCGGUCGGAGACCUCGGGUUCGGCCGAUUGAUGCAUGCUCUUUCCGUCAAACUUGGCCUCAUGUCGCACCCUUUUGUGUCAUGCGCUGUUCAUGAUAUGUAUGCGAAGUGUGCACGCCCCGAAUUAGCGGCUGCUGUCUUUGAUGAGUCAACGAACCGCACACUUGCAUCAUGGAAUGCUGUGAUCUCGGGCCAUGUUCUUAACACGAACCAUGGUGGUGCGGUUGGUACUUUCUUGGAGCUUAGACGUGAGGGCCUCGAGCCCAAUUCGAUCACGCUGUGCGCAUUCCUUAAUGCGUGCGCUGAUGCUUGCUGGCUUUUUGAGGGCACUGAACUCCAUGCUUUGGUUGUGAAGUUAGGCUAUGAGGCAUGCGUCUCGGUUGCUAAUGGACUGAUCGAUUUUUAUGGAAAGUGUCGUCAACUUGCUUCUUCCAAGGCCGUGUUUGUGUUAGUUCACGAGCCUAAUGAUGUGACUUUUAGUUCGAUGCUUGCUGUUUAUGCGCAGAAUGGAAGAGAAGAACAAUGUCUUGGCCUAUUUUGCGAGGUGCGAAGGCUUGGUGAGCCAGCCACUGAGCACAUGGUGUCGAUCGUUUUGAGCUCGUGUGCACGCAUGGCUGCACUCGCUGAGGGGCGGUGGGUUCACGCCACUGCUAUAAAGGCUGGGCUUGACGAGAACAUCUUUGUUGGGUGUGCACUAGUUGAUAUGUAUGGAAAAUCUGGGAGCUUACAAUGUGCGUGUGAUGUUUUUGAUGAAAUGCCUGAGAGAAAUUUGAUAACUUAUAAUGCUAUGAUUUCGGGUUAUGCACAACAUGGAAAUGUAAGGCAAGCUCUACAAAUUUUCGAGGACAUGAUUGGGUUUGAAAGCAUUAAACCAAAUUAUAUAACACUGGUUUGUGUGCUCUCAGCAUGUAGCCAUGGAGGCUUGGUGGGCACGGGCUUGGCCUAUUUUGAUUCAAUGACAUCUCGUUUUGGCAUCAAGCCAAGGGCCGAGCAUUAUGCAUGUGUUGUUGACCUCCUUGGUCGAGCAGGCCAGCUCGAUCGAGCGCAUUGGCUCAUAAGAACCAUGCCCAUCGAGCCAACUGUGUCCAUUUGGGGUGCACUGUUAGGCGCCUGUCGGGUCCAUCGAAAUCCAGAAUUGGGUCACAUUGCAGCUGUCAAGCUCUUCGACCUUGACCCAAUGGAUUCGGGGAACCAUGUAUUACUUUACAACAUGUACGCGUCAGCUGGUCGGUGGGAUGAGGCUGUGGCAGUUAGAGAUGAGAUGAGAGAAGGGGGAAUAAGGAAAGGGCCUGGUUGUAGUUGGAUCACGGUAAAGAGCACUGUGCAUGUGUUCCACGCGAAGGAGGCCUCACAUGAGAGAAUCAAUGAUAUCCACAAGGUCUUGUCUGAGCUUGGGAGGAAAAUGAAGGCAGCUGGUUAUGUUCCUGAUACCAACUUUGUGCUUUACGAUAUGGAGGAGGAGGAGAAGGAGAGUAUGCUGUUUUUGCACAGCGAGAAGCUUGCUUUGGCCUUCGGAUUGAUUAGUAUUGGAGAAGGAAUUCCAAUUAGGAUUACCAAGAAUUUGAGGGUUUGUGGGGAUUGCCAUAGCGCCAUGAAGUUCAUUUCGAGUAUAGUCGAAAGAGAGAUUAUUUUGAGGGAUAACAAUAGGUUCCACCAUUUUAAGGAGGGUUCCUGUUCUUGUGGGGAUUACUGGUAAAUUCUUGGAGUUUGUAUAGUGGGUGAAUUCCACCACGUAAUGUGAUUGGGCUGUCAGGAUACUUAUCGAAUAUGCGAUUUUCCCAGGGAUUCUGGAAUCCCCAUGCAACGGUAGUUCAAAGGUGGGCAUCUAGAUGAAAGUGGUGACAAAUCUGAUCUAUUAUUUCUCUGUUAGUUUUUGGGACUCUCUCAUUCAGGGAAUCGCUGCUAACUUAUUAUUUAUGGGAACUAUAUGACAUGAAGCACAAUGGGUGCCAUGGAUACUUCUCUACUGUGAGAUUUUUGGAGAAUCAUUGCCAGAAACAACAGUUUGAAAAGUGAGUUUAGGCUCUGUCUAAGAAGGCUGUAACAAGAGGAUUUUUUCCCCUCUGAUAGUUCUUGAGACUUCCCCUUUCUGGGGAUAUAAUGAUAAGCUAAGUUUUUGAGACUUCCCAUUUCUGGAGAUUACUGAUAAGCUAUUAGCUUUUUUAGUGAAUAGAUGUCAUGAAACACAAAUGAUGAUAAUUGCCAGAAAGGACAGUUCAGAUCAUGGUGGUUUUACAUAAUAAGGUGGUUAAAAUUGCUUGUUUUAUCAGACUGAGAGAUUUUGAGACUUAACACAACAAAGUUGACUAAACCACAAGAAAAAUGUUAGUGAGAAUUUCUCACCAUGGCUUCAUUUCCUUAAUUGAGAAUUGGAUCUUCUAAAAUUGCCUGUGAGUGAAGAAAUGCAAUUUUUAAAAGCAUUGCAUUUGAAUGAUCAGAGUAGUGUGAGCCACUCAGUAUCAAGUGGAAAGAUUUUAAGUUUCGAGGUUGUGUAUCUUGAAUGAAUUGAGCUCUGCAAAACUGUUUGGUAUUCUUUGAAGAUAAAGAAGAAGAUUCUUUGGCAUUUGGCUCUUGACUUGGGCAAUAAAAACUGCCUCAAAAUUCAACGUUUGAAUCCUGGCUCAGCGAUCCUUUGGUGUGAUUAACUGUUUAUAUUGAUACUUGGAGUAUGAAGUGUAGAGUAUAAUGGUUGGUGAGGUCCAAAUGUAUUAUAUACCAAGAAAUGGCCAGAAGCAUUUAUGUGCAAUGUUCUUAGACAUAAAACGACCAAUCUGACUGUUAUAUUGCAUUUUAUUCCUUUUUUCUAUUUUUUUUCUGUGGAAUUGAUUCACCCUAGAUGGUCCGAUAACUUUCAUAUGAAACAAUCUCCUAAAUAUUUUUGACAGCCGAACUGGUGGGACCGGAACACAAUCUUUUAUGAUAACUUCAUCCCAAUGAAUGAAUUCUUCCAUGCUUUUGUUUCUUGUUCAAUUAUUGUUUCUGUCUUUUUUAAAGGUCGAGGGGGUUUUGAGCACAAGACACCUCCACAAGGCUCUGUCACUGAUGCAACAACCCUGAAUAUUUCAUUCAGCAUUGUCCCACAACUGGUGACCCCAAUUUUGAUAUUAAGAGGGUGAAGCCACCGACUGGAAUUCCUAAGUCAAUGUUAAUGGCAGCCCAGAUGGUUCAUAUGCUUUGCAAGUGGUGCAGUUGCUGUACUGAAGCCAAAUGAAGCUGCAUUUGAGAAGGAAAUUGAGGGCUUACCUUCAACUCGUACAAUCAGCGAUCUCCCUCCAGAGUUACGGUGUCCCUUAUUUCAAGAAGUUAUGAAGGAUGCUGUUCUCACCAGAAAAUGCUGUUUUAAGAGUUUAUGUGACAAGUGUUAGCCUUUCUCAUUUCUUCAUGUCUGCUUAUAUACUGAUAAAUUCUUCCCACUUCCAAACCGUUUGUAGCAAAAGUUACAGAUAUGAAGAAACUGAUAUUUACCUUAA